CAAUAUAUACAUAUAUAUCUGUACAUACACGGCCGGGCGGCGGAAGUGUUUUGCUCGAUCCUUCUCGUCGCGCGCGCAGUCCGUGCGCUACACGGGUUAACACGGGGCCUUUAGAUCGCCGCUGCCGCCGUUUCGAUCCCGUUGGCGAUCUCCCGCCGAGUCGUCGGGAUCGUCGGGGACGGCCCAUCGAGGAAGCCAACCCGCGCUCGUAUCGUCGCAACUCGGAGACACCUCCCUGACACUUGGACGCCAAGCCUCCAUCGAGCCCGUCCGUGUCCCGCCCUGGACACGCUGAUUCGCCCGAUUCGCCCGCCACACGACGGGUUAUGUUUCCCACCUUCAUCGGGAUCCUAGACAUUCAAUCGUGGUGGGAGGUGCCAAGUAUAGCACACUUUUGCUCAUUAUUUAGAGCUGCCUUCAAUCUUCUGGAUUUUGAUAUUGAGGAUUUGGAAGAAGCUUUAUUGACGGACGGAGGUACCGAAGGACGGCUGCUUCAGGAACUGAUAGUAAAAUUACUGGAGGGUUGCUUGCCAAAUGACACUCGCAAUGACAUCUCUACUUUUAAUUAUCAGAUGUUUCUGCGUAGACUUUUCCGGAAAAAAUGUCAAGAAUACAAAUGUGAAAAUCCUUUCAACACAGACGUAGACUUUGAAUUGUUACCGCUUCGUCAAAAAGUAGAAAUAUUACGUGCGCUCUGUGACUUCAGGCUCGACGCCGAAGACGUAGAGCAGUCGUUGAGCAACUUGGACUCGGAUAGUCUGCGAGUCGAACCUUUGGGACAUGAUCGUAAGAAUUCUGCCUACUGGUACUUCUACGGCACUCGACUGUACCGGGAAGAUUACAUUGAUACUUCUAACAGUGCCUCACACAAGCAGAAAAGUAAACCAAGGGAUAAAAAGCGUAAAAAACGACGGAACAGAGUGGCGAAGGAGGAACAGGAAGAGGAAGAGAAGGAGGAAGCUAGUUUAAUAAACAACGGCAACGACGGACGAGAGAGCGUUUGGCAAGUUGUUUGUUUUACCCAACAGGAUUGGAGCAGAUUGGUUGAAAAAUUUCGUGAUUCGGAAUACGACACCGAACGCAAACUUUAUCGCACGUUGUCCGAAGACUUUAUGCCGGAAAUACCAAAAUUGUUCGAUUUAAAAGAGAAACAGCAGCGACGUAAGCUAUUACAACGUAAUAGCUCGCGAGUGCUUCGUAGCCAGGAACCUGCUACACAGAUGGAUGCAGUCAUGGUCAGAUCCAAGAUCAGGACUAAAACGACCAAAGGGACUAAAAAAGGGACGCAAGCUUCAAAAUCUUAUAUUAAAGAGGAGACUUCUCCGCCGUUACCGACGCCACCGGUUCAGAAAAAAGGACGGCAAACAAACAAUUCUUUGGCCUCGGCUGUCGGUCAGAUUGUAAUUCAUACUAGGGAUGAAGUAGAAGACUUGGAAAAGAAGAAGGGUAUCGGUAAUCAUGGCGAUGGUAAUUACGUAUCUCAUAAUUAUGGCUACAAAUAUGGCUAUUCCUUCGGCAUCGAGGAGGAGGAGCGUUGUGUCGGCAUGCACAAAGUUCUUGAAAGUGUCAAAGAUCACGUGGAUGCCUGGCCAUUUAUUGAGCCCGUGGAUGAGGAUUAUGCGCCAAGGUACUAUAGUGUGGUACGCAGGCCAAUGGAUCUUAAAACUAUGGAAGAGAAACUGGAAAAUGGCUCGUAUAAAAGUUUAAGUCAAUUUAAACGCGAUUUUCGGCUUAUUGUUGACAAUUGUAGGCAAUACAAUGGCUCGGAUAAUGAAUACACGGAUAUGGCGAUUAAUCUUAAGGAAGCCUUUGACAAAGCUGUAAGUCGAUAUUUAGAAUCAGAGACAUCCAGUGACGAAGACGCUACAUCUCCUCGGUCACUGGCCGGAUCACCUACAUCUUUAUCGUAUCCUUCACGUCAUUUAUCUUCUUCGCACCAUAACGCACGUAAACGUUCGAAAAAAUCAACAAAAAAAUCCAAAUCAUAUAAACCUGAGAGUAAAACAAAGUCUAAGAGUAACGAAAAAAUGGACGAAGAUGAAAAGAGAAAUAAAAGUAUUAAAGUUGCGAAGAAAAAAAGGGGGAAGAAAAAAGGUAAAAAAGUAAAAGAGGAAGAAUUGGACGAGGAUGAGGAGGAACAGGAAGAUCAGGAAAGCGAAGAUGCAAUAUCUGAGACUAGUAUCGUAACGUCAAAGAGAAGAAAAAACGUUGAUGUAAAUAGUUUACUUAAAACCAAAAAACAACCUAAGGAAUCUGAAGGAUUAAAAACAUCUAACAAAAAGGCGAGCAAAGAACGACAUCAAUCGAAAAAGGAUUCGGAAAUUGUGCGAUCUGCCAAAGAAAUGAAAGAAAACAAAAAGCGGAAGGAGGAUUUCGAGGAAGAUUACGAACCUCCAGUAAUUGCGAAAAGUAAAAGUAGAAAAAUAGAAAAGAAAGAACUUGAAGAAAUCGCGAUAUUGACAGACAAUACGAAGAAGAGUAAAUUAAAAAAGAUCGAAGUCGAAGAAAGUGACGCAGUAUUUGAGGAAGACAAAAAACAAUCUUCCCAUGUUAAAACGAAAAAGAAUCGUAAGAAAGAAAAGUCGAAUUUAAAGACUGUAACCAAGUCUGAUGAAAAAUUCGACAAGAGUCAUAUAAAGCAAAAAAAUAAGAAAUCAAAACAAAAAGAAGAAUUAAAAAAUGGAGAGUUAAAAAGUCAAACAGAUUCCAAAGAUGUAGAAUUAGAAAGUGCUUUAGAUUCCAAACAUACUCACAUCUCCAAGAAGCUCUCCACGUUAAUUGAUAAUAAAGAUGUAGACUCGCUCGAUAGUUUAAAAGAUAAGAUAAGCGAUAGAAGACGGGAAGAAAAAUUGAAAAACGAAAAAGAAAAACAAAGGAAAGCGGGGAAAAGUGACACUCACGGUGUCCAUUCAAAAAAAGUGCCUUCAAACAGUAGUACUUUCCACGACAAUGAUAAAGACAGUGCAAAGCGAUCAAAGUCGAAGAAAAGUACGAAGGAAGAUAAAACGGAUGACACGAGUAAGAAACAUGAUCCGGAAAUCAGUGAAAAUAAGAAAAGCACUCAAGCUAAACAUACCAAAGGACUGGGAGCAGAAGAAAACGCUACGAUUCAAGCAUUAAAUCAAGCGACGGAGAAAACACUUCAUGACAUUAACAAGUGGCUUGACGACGCGCCCAGACUUUCGGGCUUCUCCUCUGGUAGUGAUUCGCCAGUGCUUCAUACCUCUUCGAUUGAAUCCAGUCGAUCAGGAUCCAAGGUCGAGGCUGCACGAAAGAGACCAAGCUCUAUCAAAAUAUUUGGUCCUCAUGGACCGAGUCGGCCGAAGAAGAUACAGCGCACGAUCGAUCGUUUGCAACCCGGUAAAAGUAAGGGAAAUUUACUUCUGAAGAAACCGCUUAAUGUGCCCAGCGCUAACACCAAUGAUUCUGCAAAUUACUCUACUAGUGAUAACGAUCAAUCGAAUAAGGAUAACGAUGAAGAGCCGAAACUCAGUUUAGGUACUGUGCUGAAAAACGUAGAUUCCAUCCAAUUAAUCUGCAAGAGUUUGGUAUCGUCACCUAAUCCUAAUUUGUCGAACGACGAGGAAGAGGACCAUUCUUUUAUCACAACUCAAACGACUGUUAAAGAAGAGAAAACAAGUGCUAAAGAAGCUACAAAAACAUCGAGCACAGUAGAGGAAAAAGAGGCGGUUCGAUCUGGUACAGAAGAAGCGCAGAAACCGAAAUCCGCCACACCAAAUUUGAGUGCCUGGAUCAAAGCCUUUGGAGCGCCAAAAUCAAAAAAGAAGGACGAGGAAGCGGAAGAGGCCGCGAUGAUAAAAAAGGAUGGGGAUUCGCAGGAAGCGUUUUGCGGCAGGCAACGACGGCUGAGCACCGGUGGUAGCAGUGUUAGUGAAUCGGUGUCUAGUUUCUCUCAGGAAUCUCCACCGGCGCCACGCGCGGCCCAUUCCCCGCAGUGCCAGCCCGUAAUAACUCCAACCGAACCGAUAAGAGGUGCGGGAUUUUAUCAGGACGCACUGUCGACUGGGAGCAGUCCCUACAACAGUCCCUACUACGCGACCCCACCGAGAUACAGCGCGCAAUUGCCACCCACUCCAUCACCGCAAAACCAUCCGUUGUCCCCGGCUUAUCCGCCUUACGAGCAAUCACCGUCUGUCUAUCCUCAGGUACACGCGCAGCCGCCGUAUCAAUCGCCGUAUCAGAAAUCCUCGCCUCAAGAUAACGCAGAGACAUACCCGCAAAUGUCUCCGCAACGUUUCCCGCAACAGUUAUCAGCCAACAAUCAGAAUCAAUCACCCGUUUAUCCCCAACACUCCCCGCAAGCGAUACAGCCAGUUUAUCCUCAACCGUCGCCUCAAACACCACCGUCGAAUUACUCACAACCCUCGCCGCCACAACCAUCUACCCCAAAUUACUCGCAGCCGUCUCCACAACAGAACGCGGUCGCUAAUUAUUCUCAAUCUUCUCCCCAGGCGGUUACCAAUUAUCCGCAAGCUUCUCCACAGCAGCAGCACUCCCCCUACUCACAGUCCUCUCCUCAAACACCACCGAAUUACUCGCAACCAUCUCCGCAACAGCAUUCUCCAUAUGCGCAAUCCUCGCCUCAACAACCCGCUGGUUAUGGUCGUUUGUCGCCGCAACCACCGCCUGCAAGUUACUCUCAACCUUCCUCUCAACCACCCAACGCGUACGCGCAGCCAUCUCCUCAGCCACCAAAUUUCUCUUCGCAGUCGUCGCCGCAAACGCAUCCCGCUAACUAUUCUCAGCCAUCGCCGCAACCUCCGAAUUCGUAUCCGACUCCACAACACGACCGGAGUUACUCGCAAUCAUCGCACCAACAAAUUCAGACUUUUUCCCAGCAUUCACCGCAAGCAUCAUCCCCGUUCUCCGAACCGUCGCCGCAGAACAGUCCGUAUUCCCAAUCGUCGCCACAAUCGCUGACCAAUUAUCCGCAGUCGUCUCCCCAGCAACCGGCAACGUACUCGCAUCCGCUACACUCGCCGCAGACACCGCCAAAUUACUCGCAGCUUUCGCCACAACAGACAUCCGGAACGUCUCGCAAUUAUCCGCAAUCUUCGCCUCAACAAAAACCCACGUGCAAUCCUGCACAACCACCACAACAAUCACCUGGUUACCCUCAAUCUUCUCCACAACAGACUGCCAAUUACUCUCAGCUUCAGUCGUCGAAGAACUCGGAGGAGUACGCUGCUCAAGCCACGGUGUCACCUGCGAAUUAUCCUCAAGACUUCAAGCAAAAUCCUUCGUACAUUCAGCAGUCACCUACAAUAUCGUCAUCUGUAAAUGAAGCUGAACACCGGACGGAAUAUCUGAAGUCUAACACUACUGAGAAACCUGCGACGGGCGAUCAACAGAGAAAUUUUCCCGUUCAAUCGGAAUCAUUAAACUUGAAUGCGAAUCAUCAGAUCUAUCAAUCGCCGAGUCAGUAUCCUCCAACGUAUCCGAACAGUUUUUCCAACAUCGAGGUUCAGAGAUCUGCUUCGAGACAUGGCGGUCAGCAACAGACACAGCAACAACAACAAUCGACACCGCAAGAGUCACGGACCGGUUUCACCGAGAUACAGCCACGCGGUUUCCUCGGCAAAGCACCGUCCGGUAGCAGUGAUCAAUUACCCACGUCUGCACCAGAUCAGCCGCAGUUGUUGACAUUCCAACAGAACUUGACAACAGCCCACGAAUCGCUCUAUCCAAGCGGCUUCCAGCCAUCCGGUUACUCGCUACCGCCACCAAAUUCGAGGCCGGUAUAUCCUAGUCCGCAUUAUUUCGACGCCAGCUCCAAGUCUGCCGGUGGUGGAGGAACAUCUGGUAGUCCCUCCAGCAAUCCUCCUCCGAUGAAGAAACGCGCGUACGAGCCGCCUUCCACCGAGUCCAAUACGCGGGGUCUACCACAGGAGAGCACAGUGAGCACGCGUCCGAGUCAGGAGCAGUUUCCGAGUUUCGAGCCGAUGAUGACUCUCUCGCAACCGGAGGCCGUAUCGGUCAGUCAGUUUGAUGGCACGCCGUUCGUUGGUGGCCUGGUCGAUUCUAUGGCGACCAAUUCGGCGUAUGCACGGCUUAGCCUCGGUCUAGUGGGUCGGGCAUCGGGUAAGGAGCAGCAGCAAUUACUAACGAUUCCACGACCACCACCUGGGACGAAGCCGGAGCAUCUCGCCGCUUAUGGUCGCAGUGCCACGCCCGCCGAGCUUGAGCAGCUUAAUCUGCUACAAAGCUUGCAAGCGGCUAAAAACAGCCAGGGCAUUCUCACUAUAUCGCGACGAGCUGGUGAAAGCGACGUGCGAGCGACUCCCAUGGGCACGAUAACGCCCACCGUGACGCCGUCCAAGACGAAGAGGAGCCGGAAAAGCAAGCAUCCGCAACAACAAGAACAACCGAGCGCGACAGUCGCAGUGACGACCGUAACGACGACCUCCGUUGUCGCAGCGACCGCAGGUAGUGCCUUCAACUUCGCCGCCUCCGCCAGCGGUGCGACCACCGGCCACGCGCCACCGUUCCCCUACGACAAGGACGCUACAGCGGCGGCUGCGUUUGCCUUCCUAACAGAUGAGUUUCGCAAUCCGGGCAGUUACUACAACAUGGCUCUGCGACAGCAGCAACAACAACAACAGCAGCAACAGCAAUCGCAGCCGCCUAUGGUACCGCCGACAGUGACCAACGCCUCGGGUCAACCGACUGCCUGCAACAAACUCAGUAAUCAACCACCACCGAGGAAUUAUCCGCCGCCUCAUUCAUUCCUUCACUCGGCUGCCGCCGCAGCUGCCGCCCAGAGAUCGUAUGUCCCGCCGGUCUCCGCCUACGUGACGCCGCACGGACCACCCAAUCUAACGGUUGACCAAGCCGCCUAUCAACAAUAUAUUCAUUCGCUCUACGCCCUCCAGCCACCACCGACGCAUCAUCACCGACCAACCUGGCUUUAGCCACUAAGAUCACUGCAAAAUCGGUCCGUGAUUCGAUGAUGACACAUUAAUCUUCUAAUGGAUUUUGAAACAUACCGCAACGAAGGAAGAGCGUUCGUUUGAGAUCCAAAGGGAUACCAAAUAUUAAUCGAAAGUCUCUUGGCGAGCGCGCGAGAGAGCAGUAUGCCCUUUUUGUCUUAUCUUGUCUUUUUUUUUUUUUUUUGUAACUUACAAGGGACAUCCUCCUCGCGACUUGUCUUUUCUAUUGUUUUUUACGUAAUUGACAUCGUAUCCGUAAGACUCUCUACGGAAUUAGGUGAAUAACCGUUUGUAGAUUUCUUUGACUGCAGCUUCCUUUUUACGAGCAACCGUCAUAACUCGAGUAACUUUGACACUUUUACACCGUUCGUCGAAAGCGGAGAAGCUUAGCUUCAAAUAUGUACAUAAAGGACAAGUCUACUUUCGAUAUAGGAAUUUUUGAUAGUUUUCUAAAACGAGAUUAACCGGCAGGUUCUCAAUAGCUCUAAGUCGAGAUCGCUAGCGCCGAGAGUAAGUCGAUUCACAAGUCGUCUAUCAAAAGUUCCUCCGUAUGUAACGUCCGGGAAAACAUAUACGCGGAUUAAUAACGUAGAAUAUGAUACAUUGGAUGCUUUCUCCAGCGAGAUACAUACGUGACACAGUGUAGUACACAGUAAAAUUAUUUCAUCUUUGUUUAACACGUUCCAUACCGCCAUGAGUCACCGUUGACCCAUGCUGGACUUUCCGUUUAGACCAUUGAUAUAUUUUUCGCUUCUAUAUGAAGAAAUGUAAAAUAAUUUCUGAUGUAUGACGAAAUGUUGGUACAUUAGGCCUUCUACUUUAUAACAAUUUUUUAUAACUUUUUUAAUUAUUAUAAAAUAUUAUUUUUUUAACAAAUAUAAUAAACAUAAAAAUACCGUGAGUGUCAUACAGUGUGGUCGAAUCACUUUACAUACAUUGACGCAGCACAAAUCAUUCAUUAACAUUGGCGAAGAACAAGGACACAAUGAUUCACUGUUACACUAUAGAUCUGUUUUUUUUUUUUUUUUAGCUAAAGUUCUUACACGGUUCAUAUUCCUUCCUUCUGUCGACGUUGGAGAGAAAAAGAGAAAAGACGAACCGUGCAAAAGAAGUCAGCUAAACAGACAGGUCUUAUGUCACUUGCAAAACAACAUUGCUGGAAAGCGCUCAUUACAUAUUCGCGUGUAUAAUGUACACGUAUAUAAUCAUACAUUGUGUAUUUAUGCAUGAUGUAUCGUUAUAUACAUUAUUCGCGAAUGCGUUUUCGUCUGACGCUUACCUCUACGUCGACAAAUGCACGCGCGAACGAAUUUUGCACGUGUUCCUCGUCGGUCUGUACGGUGCGUGCGUAUGCGUCGGGACACGGAAUUAUGCAAUAUGCAAUUUUUACGUUUUGUUAAUUAGCUGAUUGACGGGCGUCCUCCCUCUCUGUAGCUCCGCCGUUCGGGUCCAUAACUCGCCGAGUGUGUCGUCUAGCCGUCGGAUUUUCCGUUUGAUCUUUCGGUUCGGUAGCGAAUUAAUUGUCGAACUCGUAGUAGAGACUCUUGCAAAAAUGAAGCCGAAGAGAAUUUUUCUGUGUAUAAUAAUUAUCGAGCGCGCUCUGUUGCUAAUGUACGUUAUGUAGAUUACUUAGCGUCGUAAGAAAUAGCACGUAAGGGAAUUAGGCUUUCUUUGUAUAUAUAUAUAAAACACAUAUCUCGCGUAGAGGACGAUGUGCUCGAUCUUAAAAAGGAUCUCGACGUAACGAGGGAUCUGUGCAAAGACCCGGAAGGAAACUAGCGUCGCUCGUGACGUGGAAGAGAGAGACGUGACUUUUCUGUUUUCUUUUUGUUGGAAAGAGACGCAUAUAAUAGUAUAACGAGACAUCAGCAGAAAUAUAUGUGUAUAAGUAUGUGCGGAAAAAAAAAACAAAAACGAAAUAUACCGUAAUACGCCGCUAUCGUUGUACACCCAUUAACUCAUCUUUAUCGUUGAGCUGAGUAUCGUCGGGGGAAAAAGCGGUAUUGAAACUUAUAAAUAUAUACAUAUAUAUUGUAAAUGUAUAUUGUAAAUGUAUCUAUGACAAAUUAAAGCGCAGUUUGUUACAAAAUCGCGGGGUCUAUACUGUGAUAGCAGCUAUCUCCCAAUACGCGUUGAAUUCCCCUCCCCUAUAUAGGGUGAUUCAUUUAUCCUCUGCGCAUAAAAAAUGCUCGUUGAAUAGGAAAAGUUUUUUUUAUGUACAUUAAAGCUUUCUUUCUCAUUAUUACUUUACUCCGCUAUUAUUUUAUUAUUGUUUGUUAUUACUGACACUAGAUUCUUAUA